AUGGGUGAGAGGGAAAAAGGUAAGAAGAUCUUUAUGCAGAGGUGUGCACAGUGUCACACUGUUGAAUUAAACGGCAAGCACAAAACUGGACCCAAUCUAAAUGGCCUCUUCGGCCGCCAAACUGGUCAGGCUUCUGGUUAUAUUUACACUUAUGCCAACAAGGCCAAGAGUAUCACGUGGGACAAAGAUAAUCUGGAUAUCUACUUGACCAACCCCAAGAAAUUUAUUCCAGGCACAAAGAUGGUGUUCGUUGGUCUUAAGAAGAAGAAUGAGCGUGCAGACUUGAUUGCUUACCUGGAAACCUCCACCAAGUAG